AACAUCAAACUCAGCCCGUUUCAUUCACUCUCGCUGGUGGCACUCGCUCUUCCCCCAGCUGCUAAACAAUAAUAUUGUGUGUGCCACAAUUGCUUUUUAAUCCAGCCCGGAGAGCUUUUUUCCAUCAACUUCCAUCGCUGUCGUCGUUUCAGAAAUAGCUGGCGAAAAAAGUGCGUCGUUCAGCGCCGUACGUAGCAGCUCGUAUCUUUUUUUUUGUUGGUUGCCACCCCGCCUGAGCAAUAGUUAGCAACAGUGCAAGAAGCAAUAGUGGUAGCAAUUUUUUGUCGUCGUCGUCGUCGUUGUCGUGGUGUCGUGGUGUCGUGGUCGUAACCAAUCUCUCGCGCUGUACCGAGGUCGGUGUGUGCAGCAGGAAGUUUCGGUGUGCGGGAAAGAACUUGCUCUCGGUGCUUGCCCGUAGCAAAGUCUGUGUACCUUCUUUGUGUGAAACUGUGCGUGCUGUGACUGCCAGCCAUUGUGUGAAGCGGGGAAAGGUCGUGCGUGUGCGUGUGUGUAUGGUGUAGUUCUAAUUCCGCGGCUGUGCAUGGUGUGAAAAGCGGAAAUUCGCGAUGACUAUCAAACCCGUGGUCAAUCAGAAAAGUGCUAAAGAGGAAACGCAGGAGGGCACGCCUCAGAACGUGCACGGUGUGGGGAAUGCGGGCGUCCGUACGUCGCACCGUAAUGUGGUGCUUAAUCAGCUGUCGUCAUCGGAAUCGCAGGCACUGCCAAGGGAAAAACGGGUGCUAACACCGCACAGCUUCGACAGUGACAGCGUAGUACGUCAUCGUAGGAGCCCACACAAAAAUCUUGGACGUCUAAAGCGUGACCAUUACCACAAGCGUGAAAGCCGCGAACGGGAAAAGGCAACCGGUUCACCCAGCUAUCACCAUCAUGUGGUGCUGCAACCGUCUGCCAGCGGCAAAAAGCAGUCCACCGCCUGCUCCAGCACACUGGCCAGUGCGGCGGGCGGUGGUCGAUCGCCCAAAAGCACCCACCAAUCCGGCGGGGCAGGUGGAUCGCUGCUAAACAGCCACCAGGCUGUGGUGGGCAGUCCGGGAGCGUCCGGUGUCGAUCUGAACGCGGUGCUGGAGGAGGUCCGCUCGGGGUACAACAGUGGCGAUGAGUAUAUCGACUCGAAGGACGCGCAGCUGACGGCGGACGAGUGGAAGAAGCGCGACGAAGCGUUCGCGAAGGUCCUGUCCGAGCGGGGCUUCAUCCUGCACGAGAUGGAGGAGGACGGCGCGUGCCUGUUUCGGGCGAUAUCGCUGCAGAUCUACGGCGAUCAGGAGAUGCACGAAGCGAUCCGCCAGCAAACGAUGGACUACAUUUAUCAAAAUCGCGAAUAUUUCGCACAAUUCGUUACCGAAGAUAUCGCCGAUUACGUCGAGCGAAAGCGCGCCAAUCACGUGCACGGCAAUCACAUAGAAAUUCAAGCAAUGUCGGAAAUGUACAACCGUUCCGUGGAACUGUAUUGCUAUCAAACAGAACCUACCAACAUUUUCAACUCGGAUCAAAUCAACAAUGGCAACGAACCGUUCCGGCUGUCCUACCAGCGCAGCUCGCACUACAACGCCAUCGUCAACCCGUACAAAGCGUCCGUCGGCGUAGGGCUCGGCCUGGCCGGCUACCGGCCGGACGAGCUCGACAUCAAGCAGGUGGCGGACGCGGUGCGCAUGAGCGAGGAGCUCGAGAUCGAGAAGACGAUGCUGGAGGACAAGCUGAAAACGACCGACUGGGAGGCAACGAACGAAGAGAUUGAGGAGCAGAUUGCCCGCGAAUCGUACGCCCAGUACUGCCGGGAGGCGCGGCUCGGGGCCGGCGGUGGCUCCAGCCAGAACAAAAGCACCAGCAGCACGAUCACCUCGACCGAAAUGAUGGCCGCCUGUGCCAGCGGGUCCCAGUCGGCUUCCUCGUAUCUGCUCGAGCUUCGCAAGUCGCCGCCGUCGGCAAGCCAUGGCAACCAGCAGCAGGCGCCCAUUUCGUCCGGCAUGGGCAGCGAUCGGGGUGCCUGCUCGUCCAGCUCCAAGAAUAGCUCGUUCGAGCUGGACUGCUGCUCGUCCUCGCCGUCAUCCUCCCAGCAGCAUUACUACUACGGAAGCGGCGCAAGCUCGAACGGCAAUGGCGCGGGAAGCAACAAUAAUAGCACCAGCUGCAGCAGCGAAUGUAACCGGCGGAAAAAGCGUAACAUUAACUCACCUUUUCAACUCAAUUUGCCCAACAGGAUCGAGAAAACGAACAGCGCAGAAACGAAAAAGUGCAAAGCGAACGGCAACCGUACAUCCAGCACAUCCUCGAACAGUCCACGCCGUUCCGAAAGCCCUGCUGAAGAAAAAUCCCCCACACCAUCUCCACCGAGCACGUCGAGCACAAUGCCACCUCCGGCCAGAGACGGCACGGAGGAGGAAAGCAGUAGCAGUGGUAGUGGUGGUGCUGGUGCAAGUGCCCUCUUUCCAUCGUCCCUAACACCAUCGACGGGAGCAACGCGCGACGAAACGCCAAUGUCCGAGUUUUAUCAGUCCCUGCUCGAGUCUUCCUACACAGACGAUGGUAGCUUCGGACAGCUGUCGGAACGGGAAAUGAUCCAGAAAGCGCUCGAGGAGUCGGCGAUGGAUUUUGUGAAGCGCGGCGACAACUCCAAAGCUUUCCAGGAGGAUAAGUACGGCACAACGGACGAAGAGUACGAUUCCCCAUCGCCGUAAGCGUGUGCGGGGAAAAUGGAGUGUGACCAGCUGUUUUGGGGGGAGAAAGCGUCCUGGGGCGUGUCGUCUGUUCCCCUCUUCCGGUCAUCGAAUGUACAUUUUAAAUCAGGUGGUUUUAGGUUAAAACCGGGAAAAAAGAAUGGCGUGUGUUGGUCGUCAAACAGGUGUCGCACACAACAUACACACAGCUAUAUUAUGCACAUACACUACACAGCAGGGAUACAGAGAAGAUACACAAAACACACGCAGCCAAACACAAUGCACUUGUCUGCGAUUUACUCUAAUUUUUGUCUUGUAGGUUGAUAAGAGAGAAUGCGUCGUUUUUUUUCUCUCUCUCUCUUUAGGAUAUUUAACGUUUGGCUAUAGCUUAUGAUGGUAAAUUGUGUUCUUUGCUUAUUUGUUUCUUUUCUCCCUUUUUUUUUGCUACUAACAAUUAAAAGUGAUCGUCACACACACACAAAAACACACAUGCCAACACACUUGGGGCAUAACGUACUGGGGACGGAUCGCCCGUGUGUAAUGAUAGAGCUGCAACCGGAAAUGGAAUGUUGUUGGAUAUGCCAAUCAAAACAGAAAAAUGAAAAGAAGAAAAACGGGCACGAGGAGACCCGCACCACGCAAAACCACCCACGUAUGCAAUUUAGUGCGUAAUUUAUGUGUAACUAACUAAUUUAAGGGUACCGCUGUACAUUUCCCGCUGAAAACACAAGGCGCACGCAUUUUACGCUUCGCGUCUCCUAACGGUAUCGUUGCAACGUUGUACAAAGUAGAGGAUAGUGUGACUGUGUGAGUGCAGGGCAUGGCAGGGACGAGUUUUUUUUUUAAUUUUUGUUCAUUAUUGUUCUCCGAUGAUGUGAACUUUUCGUUAGCGUUCGUGUCCGCUCCCUACAAGACAUUAUUAAGCGGGCAAAAUGCGUAAAGAUCGGUUGCGGCGUUUGCAGCAUUCAAACUAGAUUCUGUUUCUAUGUAUGAGUGUGCGUGUGUGUGUUUGUGUUUUAAAUCGUCAAGAGUGUUCCUCUUAUAAGAUUAGCACAGUUUUACACUUGCAACAACACUACAACAGAAAUUUACACCACGGGGGAACACACUCGAAGGUUUGGGAGGGCGCGUGGUUCGUGUACCUAUAAGUAUAACAUUUUCAAAAUUCUCUUCUAACGCUCUAAACCAAGACAAAACGAGGGAGGAGGAACAAAUAAAAGUGAACAUAAUAAAAGUAUCAUAAUUAAUAAAAUGCAAA